AUGGCUUACCGCGAACAGCAUGAGAGAGUCGUCUCAACGUCGUCGUACUCGUCGACGGCGUACGACCCGGCGUCGUAUACAGCCAUCAAGGAUCCGAAGGAGAUAGACCAGCGAGGGGUUUCGGACCCCAUGCUGGUGGAUGAGUCUAACAGCAUCCCCGAAUGGAAGGCAUCGAAGCACCAAAUGGCCAUCAUCGCGACGCUGUCCAUCAUGUCCUUUGUCAUUGCAUUGGACGCCAACGUCAUCGUCACGUCUCUGCCGUCGAUCAUUCAAGAUAUCGGUGGAACGUCGACGCAAGCUUUCUGGGUCGGCACCGCGUACUUGAUCUCGUGCGCGGUUGCAAUGCCUUUCCUGGCAUCCCUUAGCGACAUCUUUGGGCGCCCCAUCAUCCUGGUUGGCAGCUUAGCUUUCUUCACCGUCGGAACCAUCCUGUGUUGCGUUGCGGACGGCAUCGCUCUUCUACUUGUCGGCCGCGUCGUCCAGGGUAUUGGUGCUGGAGGCAUGUAUGUACUCAGCCUCGUGGUCUUCACCGACAUCGUGCCCCUCCGCCACCGGCCGAAGCUCUACGGAAUCAUCCAAAUGGCGUGGGCCAUCGGCUCCCUCGUCGGCCCCAUCAUCGGCGGUGCCAUCGCCGAGCAUACGACGUGGAGAUGGAUUUUUUACAUCAACUUCCCCAUCUGCGGCUACUCGCUCAUUUCCAUCCCGGCAUUGUUGACCCUGAAGCCCCCCACGGCGACGUUCGCCGAGAAGCUCAGGCGCGUCGACUGGAUCGGCGGCUUCCUGUUCACCAGCUCCAUGGUGACGUUCCUCGUCGGCAUCUCCUGGGGCGGCAACGACUUCCCCUGGCGUAGCGCGCAGACAUUGGUGCCCGUCUUCAUUGGCGCCGCCGGUCUGGCCGCCACGCUGGUGUACGAGGGCUAUUACGCCGCCUUCCCGUUCCUGAAGAAGAUCCUCUUCACGGACGCCAGCGCCAUCACGGUCUACGUUCUCGGCCUUCUGCAGGGUUUCAUCCUCUACGGUCAACUCUACUAUAUCCCCUUCUACUUCCUCUCCGUGACGCAGUACAGUCCUACCAUGGCCGGUGUAGCCAUGCUCCCCGUCACCCUUCUCCUCCUCCCAGGAUCCAUCAUCUCGGGAAUUCUCGUCUCCCGAUUCAACGCCUACCGCUGGUCCAUCUGGAUCGGCUGGGCCCUUAUGUCAGUCGCUUCCGGCCUUCUCAUCUCCUGGGACGUCGACACCCCGCUCGCCGUCCACAUUGUGACGCUUGCCAUCGGGGGUAUCGGGCACGGGUUCGUGCUCAACGCGCAGACCUUUGUGACUGGCGCCAUCGUCGAGCCGCAGAACUCUGGCCACGCGGCGUCCAUGUACCUGUUCCUUCGCAUGCUCGGCUGCGCCAUCGGCGUCAACGUCGGGUCGACGACGUUCCAGAACGUCAUGGGAUUGAAGCUUCAGCGGCAGGGCAUCGCGCAGGACAUUGCGCAGAGGGCCGAGGAGUACCUCGUCGUGCUCAAGACGCUGCCCGACGGCACCUUCAAGGACGCGGUUCUCGAGGCGUACGCGUUCGGCUUCAAGGGCGUGCACGGCGUCUACGUCUCGCUCGCCGUUCUGGCCUUCUUCGGCAGCUUCCUGAUCCGCCACUACGACCUGAACAGGGUGCACGAGACGGAACACAAGCUGCAGGACAACCGCGUGUCCAGGCUGUUCGAAAGCCGGAACAACGGCCGCGGCCAGCCCAUCCCGUCGUCGCCCGUCGACGGCGGUCCCUGA